ACCCAAAACCCUCCCAAAAGCCACACGACACACACAGGGGGAGGAAUCCGGCCAUCCGGGAGAGGAGCCCUAAUCUCAAGGCCGCUGCUGCUGCGAGCCCCCUCCUCCCCCAGCCGCCGCCAGCCGCACACCCACCGAGCGCGCUUUCCCUCGGCUCUCUCUGCGUUCCUCCCUCGCGCGGCUCAGGGUUUCGGGAUGGAGGCCGAGGCGGCGGCCAAGAGGGCGCGGGAGAGCGGGGAGGACGCCGCCGCGGGUGCGGGUGCGGGGGCCGAGGCUGCGGCAGCCGGGGCCGGCGAGCAGGCGGGGAUCUCCGCCGUCAUCCCGGGAUGGUUCUCCGAGAUUAGCCCCAUGUGGCCUGGUGAGGCGCACUCUUUAAAGGUGGAGAAGGUGCUGUUCCAAGGGAAAUCAGACUACCAAAAUGUGAUGGUUUUUCAGUCCUCUACGUACGGGAAGGUGCUCGUCCUCGAUGGGGUUAUUCAGGUGACAGAGAGGGAUGAGUGUGCCUACCAAGAGAUGAUUACUCACCUGCCCCUUUGCUCCAUCAAAGAUCCCAAGAAGGUGUUGGUUAUUGGAGGGGGUGAUGGUGGUGUUCUGCGUGAGGUUUCAAGGCAUUCCUCUGUGGAACAAAUUGACAUCUGUGAAAUUGACAAGAUGGUGGUAGAUGUCUCCAAGCAAUUUUUCCCUCAUCUAGCUGUUGGAUUUGAAGACCCUCGUGUGUCAUUACACAUUGGAGAUGGUGUCGCCUUUUUGAAAAAUGCUCCAGAGGGUACAUAUGAUGCAGUAAUUGUGGAUUCAUCUGAUCCGAUAGGUCCUGCUCAGGAGCUUUUUGAAAAGCCUUUCUUCCAGUCGGUGGCCAGAGCUUUGCGUCCUGGUGGAGUUGUAUGCACCCAGGCAGAGAGCAUAUGGUUACAUAUGCACAUUAUCGAAGAUAUUGUUGUCAAUUGUCGCCAAGUUUUCAAAGGCUCGGUUAACUAUGCUUGGACAACAGUACCUACAUACCCUAGCGGAGUUAUUGGGUUCAUGCUUUGCUCCACUGAAGGGCCAGCUGUUGAUUUCCAGCACCCUGUUUUCAACAUUGAGGAGGAUGAACAUUCUACAAAAGCAAAGGGACCCCUUAAGUUCUACAACUCGGAGAUCCACACAGCAUCAUUCUGUUUGCCCUCUUUUGCAAAGAGGGUAAUUGAGUCAAAGGCGAACUGAACGUGAAGAUAUUUCACCAAGUCUGGUCGAUUGGGCUAAGUACCUUAGGUGCAACACAGAAUUUGUUGUAGUGUGAAAAGGGGAUGCCAACCUUUUCUUCCCCUUUGAUGAAUAAGCACAGGAGAUGAGAUGCAACAGUUAUCAGAGCUGUCGGUCUAUACGAUUCUGUUAGUUGUAUGUCUUGGCUGCCUGGUGCAGCUGUGAAAACGUUUUGCAAUAGCUGUUUUCGGCAGUCCUCAGAUCAGGUUGAGUUUUGGGCAUCAAUGUUUCUGUUCCUGCUUCCAUACCAGGGAUGGAAUAUAUAAGAAAUAAAACUGUGUAAUGAUUGUUGCCAUCACAUCUUUUUAAAACUUGUUCAGCUCCCUGCUCA